AUGACGCUGACGCCGACACGACAGCGGAAGCGCAACAAGCGCUGGCUUUGCGUCGACGUCCCCUCCGUUGAGGAGCUCGCGGGGGUUCCCGAAAAGGAGCUUGCAGCUCGCACCCUGCCAAAGGGAUUUUAUCUCUGGUUCCUCGCACAUCACAUGCGCACCAUCUACGCCGCGCUUUCCGAGCACGUGUGCCUCACCCACGGGGUGCUGGACUACCUCUACGACUACCUUCGCUGGGGGCCGAACAGGGUGCAGGACAAGCUGUUUCUAUGCGCCUCUUACAACAAGAGUAAGAAGUGCAGCAAUGGGUUUCUUUGCCGCGAAGUGCACUGUCCCUUCAGCACGGAGAACGCUCUGGAGGCCAAUGCCUUUAACAUCUUCAGCAACGCCAACGGCUGCCCAACCUCGGCGGAGCCGAAGGAGAAGGGCCCGCACCCCCCGUCAAAUGUGUUGCUCUGGCAUGCGCUGCACUCACGAUGGACCCCGUCGUGGGCGUAUCCCGUCCUCCCUUCAGGAGUCACGUUCCGUGUGGCGAUGCCGAACAAUCCCAAGCCUGUUGAGGAGUUUGAUAGUGGCCGGCUCUUUGUGACCAAAGUCGUGCAGGAGCAUUACGGGCGUCUCCUACGCAACGAACCCCCAGCUGUCGCCCUGCAGCACUGUGCCAACUACUCCAAAAAUGGUGUCUGCUGUUUUGGCCCGAAUUGUCAGUUUGUACACGUCGUGAGCUACCGCGGCGAGUGCGCUGAGGCGGAUCAGUCCUUGGAUGGGGACUCUACAAGGAGCGUGGGCUGCAAUAAAAGAGCCUCCCAUUCGACGUCAACCGCACAGCACAGGAGCAGCAUGUCGCUCACGGACAGCUCCGGGGAAACCCUGACGACAAGUUACUCCAUGUUGCACCUUUCGCUUCCAUCCUCGCCCGCAGCCUCGGCGACGGCGUCGUCGUGCGUCGUUCCCACGCAAGCCAUGGCACCUGAAACCGCUAUACCAAAUACGCAGCUUUUGUUUUUUCCGGCGUCUAUGCUCCAAGCUGGGAGUUCGCCGCAACACGGAGAUCGCAUCCAACGGCAGCCGCAAGAAGAAUUCCAACGGCAUCAAUUCCGGUCUGGUCUACCGCCCGGGAAUCUAACCCCUUUCACUCCCACAUCACCGGUUUACCUCGUGCAAAGGGCAAAAGAUCAACCUUCCUUAUCGGUUCAGGAGAUGUAUACAUUCAUGCUCCCUUCACAGGAAGUCAACAUGAAUGGGGCCCCACCUCUUUGCUUCAUGCCGUAUUAA